UGUUUGAUUGGAGUUCCACUUCUUUUUCUUUGUAUUUAUGUAUAGUUACUUUAACCUAACAGAUCUGAUUAAGCUAUGAUUUUUAUGUGAAAAACUCCUCUUGGGUAAUGUAUAUUAAAGUACAGUUUCAUUUAACACUGGCCAAGUUUGAUACAAGAAAAUGGCCUCAUAAGACUGAAACAAAUAGUUACUGGAACAACCCCUAAACCCCUAAAGGACAGGAACAUUCCUCAUGGACACCCCUCCAACCUGGGCUGGUUUUGACAAUUCAGUGAAAAUAGGUCAUGUUCCAUCAAUUUCUCAACUCUGCUUUGACCAACUACUUAACAUGUAAUAGCAUCACACUUAUCAAUUCUUCCUCUUCAAUCUUCUGCCACCGUGAACUUUGGAAAAUUUGAAAUUUGAAAUUAUAGGUCAACUAUAGAAGCCACCUGCCUCUACAUUGCAUCAACUAUAGACACCAUCCACCCUAUAAGGGUUAAACCAGUAAAGUGCCUGGAAGGCGAUUGACGAGCGAAGCUGUCAGUAAUGAAACAGUGGAAGCACCCUGCAGAUUGUGCACUUGACUAAUAUUCAGAUCACUCUAGCAAAAAACAUUGCAAGAGUCGAAUGGUUGUGCUAUGUACUGUUGGAUAGGAAAUUUCAUUUUGUGUUUAUUGGUGUCCACUUUUGUUGAGACAAACAAAAGUUGAUGAAAACCUGCAAAAACUGAAGUUUGGUUUACAAAAUCCCAAUUUUGACACACUUCUACUUUUUACAAGUUACCCUUUGACUUCAGCCAAUAGAAGAGAUGAAAGCUAUAUCAUAUAAAAUUGAUAGAGUUGUGUUGUCAUAUGGUGCAAAUUUUGUUACAAUCGGCUAUGUUGUUGAAGAGAUAUUAGUGUUUGAAGAGUGUUAUAGUUGAGCUGGGCUGGAUCAGGCAGCUCAAAAUGAAACAACAAUCUCCUUAGAAAACUUUGCUUUGCUUUAUAUAAAAAAUCUGAUGUAAAUCAAGUAAAUAGAUUUUUUAUUUUAUUUGUUUUAAAUCAUGAUUUUAUUCAACUCUUGUACAAAUAUGUUUUGUUACUUUUGUUAUGUUAGUUUUAAUUGCAAUGUUGCUUUCAAGGGACAAGAAUGUACAGCAAGAACUUGCAGAACUCAGACAGAAGUGAAUUACUGGAUCUGAACACCUGAUUAGGUAAAGAAGCACAGCUGCACAAGCAAAGAAGAAACACUACUACCAUGAAUGCCCAAGACUUGUAUGACAAUGUGCUGCAGGGAAGGGAGUCCCAAGAGUGACACCACCAUUGAUGAGACACCCGAGGACAACCUCUGGCUACAACUGGGCUUUACUGUGGACUCUGAGACAGGUGAGCAUUUACUGUCUCCUGAGAAAAACAUCAGCAGAGGAGACGUGACCCUUGACUCUGUGUCUCCUCUCAACUCUCCGUCCUUCACCCUCAAUGGGAUGGUACCAGACUUCAAUCUUGACUUCAACCUUGAUGAAGCCUUGAAAUUUGUUGGACUGAACUGUUCUGAGACUGGGGAAACUGUCUGGAAGCCCUCAGAGCCUGAACCCACCUCUGACAAUAAGGAAAGCCCUGGUAAGGAGGAGGAGGACAGCUUAGACACCUUGAACGACACCCUGGACGAUAUGAUCCAGGCCUCCCAGCUUCAUCCUCAACACCUGCGCUCACUACAGAAAACUCCCCGGGUGUGUAUUCUGCUGUCAGUCACCUCGCCGUGUUUGCUUCCUCAGGGUACUGCUCAGGCUGCAUCCCACUCGACGAAUCAAAAUAUUUUACAGGAGAAAUCUUUCUUGAGAACCCAGCUAAUCAUCUAUGUGGACUCUGAAAAUGAUCAUAGUGAGAGAGCAGAGCACUUCAGAAUAUGGGCCAUGGUUUUACACAUGCAUCACUACCCACUGCAUGCUCCAGCAGCAGCAGCAGCAGCAGACAGCUAAAUGCUGCACCACCCAUCAAGAGGAUGAAGAUUGCAGCCACAUCAGAGAGGCUGGCUGUGAAUUUAGUCUUCCUGCCACACGUUGAAGUUCCUGCUGAUAGCCAAUUGGUCCUCACCUUGUUCAUCAGGCUUGACUCUUGCAUCUUCUGAAGGCUGUAGGAAGAGUAAGUAAGCCCGAUAGCAUUGCCUCCUGUGAUGUAUUGGACUGGCAGUUCCUUGAUUCUGGAGGAGUCUGCAAUAGGAAGACCACAAAUGUAGUAGUUGGUUGUGACAUCCAUACCUAUGAACAUGUAUUUACCUGCCAAGUCCUCACUUUGCUGUAGGAGAGCUGACAACACGUACCAGCCAGCAACUCCCAUGCUGACGGGCUUCUCCCCCAUGGGAAGCCCACCCCAGCAGCCCAGCCUCCCCUGACAGCUGUCAUCAUCUGCUGCCUUGCCUGGGAGGACCAUAGACACAGCUUGUCUCUGAUGUCUUCCCCACAAUGCCUUGUCUUUGUUGGCGUCAGUGCAAUUUGUUUGUCUUCAGUUUAAAUAGUAUUGUAUAUACUAUCUUGUCUUCACCAUCUUGAAAUGUGAAGGAUGUUCUUGACAAACAAACAAGGUAGUAUUGUAUAAUUAUUACUUUAAAUAUUGUCUUAAAUUAUCUUGAAAUUUGUAAAAAAAAAAAAUGUGUAAAAAGAAAGCAAAUACAGAUGAUUAUCCCUGUAGUGAAGGAGGAAGGACUCAAUGUCCCUGUAGUGAAGGAGGAAGGACUCAAUGUCCCUGUAGUGAAGGAGGAAGGACUCAAUAUCCCUGUAGUGAAGGAGGAAGGACUCAAUAUCCCUGUAGUGAAGGAGGAAGGACUCAAUAUCCCUGUAGUGAAGGAGGAAGGACUCAAUAUCCCUGUAGUGAAGGAGGAAGGACUCAAUAUCCCUGUAGUGAAGGAGGAAGGACUCAAUAUCCCUGUAGUGAAGGAGGAAGGACUCAAUUUUUUUUUAAGUUCAAGGUGUGAUUUGCACAUAGAGGCUCCUGGAUUUCCCUGUAGAGUGACCCUCCCUGAAUGCAGGGAGGGACAGUGCCUCUAUGUACAAAUCGCACCUUAAACUUAGUAUUUUGUAGUGAAGCCUUAAACUUAGUAUUUUGUAGUGAAGGAGGGAGGAAGGACUCCUUUCUGAGUCCUUCCUCCUUCACUACAGGGAUAUUGAUCUCUAUAAAUAUUUUUUUACAAAGCUAGCUAACAAUUAUAAGACAGAUUACAUUGAGUCAUAAUUAUUAAGCAAAUUUAAUUUUUUUUUCACAAUACAAUUAUUAAAUUUGACAAAUUA